AGUCCUUCAAAGCAUCACAGGAGAAGGACGGGCCGAAACCAGCAGAGAAGGUGAAGGAGCUGAGACAUGGAGGACAACCCAGCACCAAAUGGCAGAACCCUGAUGGAUGCAACCACUUUCAAGGACAACUUCAGUCACAGACGGGCGAGAAGAACAUACCUGUGCUACCAGGUGGAGGUCUGGGAGGGCGACGCCUGGGCCCCAGUGGAGGAGCUCUACGGCUUCCUGUGCAACCAGGGACUCCGUCAUGCAGAGUUGUGCUUCCUGGAUCGGGUCCCUUUUUGGAACCUGGAAGAGGGGAGGCAGUACAGACUCACCUGCUACAUCUCCUGGAGCCCCUGCCCUGACUGUGCCCAGAGACUGGUGGAAUUCCUGGGCAAUAACAACCACAUGAGGCUGCGCAUCUUCGCUGCUCGCAUCUACACCUUUGUCAGUGGACAUGAGGAUGGGCUGCGCCAGCUGUGGGACGCUGGGGCCCAACUCACCAUCAUGACCCGCAAUGACCUGCAGCACUGCUGGGACACCUUCGUGGACAACCAGGGCGAUCCAUUCGAGCCCUGUCCUAUCCAGGUAGAACACAUAGGAACCGAAUCUCAGGAGCUGGAGAACAUUCUCAGGAAUCAGGGAAACUGAAGGACGGACUCAAUCUCUCUAAACAGUCGGGGUCUUCUGGUGAACGACGCAUCAAACACUUUCUUCAAGAAAUGAAAGCUCAUCACGUGCUGCAUCUCCAACCUGAUCCACAGAAACCAGCAAAAGGCAAUGAAUGAGCUAAUAAGAAUUUUUUUUUUUAAAA